AUGACAAAUCUGUUGAAGAAACAAGGCAUCAUUCACAAGGUAGCGAUAGCCUACCAUCCCCAGACCAAUGGUCAAACCGAGGUGUCAAAUAGGGAGAUCAAGCGCAUAUUAGAGAAGAUCAUAAAGCCUUACAGGAAGGACUGGAGUGCUCGACUGGCAGAUGCGCUUUGGGCUUACCGAACCGCAUACAAGACACCUAUCAGAAUGAGUCCCUUCCGCCUCAUCUACGGGAAGGCUUGUCACCUUCCAGUAGAAGUGGAACACAAGGCUUACUGGGCUGUGAAGGAAUGCAACUCGGGAUUGGGAGGAGCCGGCAUUGAAAGGAAGCUACAACUACAGGAAUUAGAGUGCCUUCGAUUGGAAGCGUAUGAGAACUCACGGCUCUACAAGAAAAAGGUAAAGGCGAUGCAUGACAGGAAUAUCAAGCAGAGAGAGUUUAGAGUUGGGGAUCUGGUCAUCCUCUAUAACUCAAUGCUAAGACUCAUGCCAGGAAAGUUGCGAUCAAGGUGGGAAGGACCCUACAGGGUGGAGAAGGUUGAACCUUAUGGAGUCUUUCACCUGAGCUAUCCGUCAAGCCCUACCUUCUUCAAGGUAAACGGCCACCGCUUGAAGUUAUAUCAUGGUGAGAAGAUGAAGAGCAAAAAGGAGCUGGAGAUCAUCCACUUGAAGGAUCCAGCACAAGAAGAGGACUAA